GUAUGGCUCCUCAAUCCUCAUUCACGCGUCUGCCUUGCUGUCACAUCCUUUUCGAGUUUUCGAAAACAAGACGCCGGGAAGACAGGUUUGCUCAGACGCCGCGAUAAGCAGCAUGGAGGACGGUUGUUGAAGUAUGUUCGUCCUGCGCACCGAUACAACGAAGCCGGAACCGACAGACGACGUGGACGAGCUGCUUGAAGCGCUUGCCAACGUGACUCUAGGACAACCAGAAGCAUCAGCUCAAGAGAACAUGAUACAUCCUCGCGUGCGCAGAAAGCGCAGGAAAAAGAAGAAGAGGCAGUCUGCAGGUCUUGCCUGCGAGCGGAUAGAGCCUCUCGGCGAUCCAGCACCACCGCAGGCUCCAAUCCCUCCUGUGGCAGAAGUCAUCGACCUUACACUUUCUGACGACGACGAAACUCCUGCGGUGCCGACCUGGCCUUGUUACCAAGCAGAGCAUAUACCCUCGUCGUUUUUGAAGAAGCUGAAGCGCGAUGCUAUUAGCCGCGAGAAGGACAUGGAGCUCCAACGGUUCUUGCGGGCCGUCAAAAUACAAGAAAGGAAUGUGGGAAAGGGCAAUGACGCACCAAUUCUGCAAAUUGACAACAUACCAGUUUCGAUAUCGCAAAUCGAGGAGUUACUUCGCCCAGGAUCUUGGUUGAACGAUGAGUCGAUCAAUGGACUCUUUGCGCUGCUUCAGACGCGCUACCCAAGAACACGUUUCUUCAACACCUUCUUCUAUCCGGCGUUAUUCAAGGAGGGGGUGUACUCAUAUAAGGCAGUUCGGCGCUGGACGCGGAAACAUGCCAAUGGAGUGUUUUCCUUCGAUAGAGCUGUGAUCCCGAUCAACAAGGGGAAUUAUCACUGGUGCUUAGUGACGGUUGACUUGGUGGAGCAUCGCAUUGCCUUUCAUGACAGUAUGGGCUCUAGCGCGCGUUACGGCAGUAAGGUCAUGGCCACCAUCAGGCAAUAUCUGCUGGAUGAGGAGAAGGACAAACAGCGCUCUGGGAUGCAAAGUGUAGGCAAUAUCAGGCCGUCCCCGAAGCUAUGGACUGCAUCAUCCCCACCGUGUCCGCAGCAGCAAGAUGGCGGCAGUUGCGGGGUUUUCACCUGCCUCUUCGCGAAGAGGUUCGCUAUGGGACGCGAGAUGGAUUUCUCUCAGAGCGACGUUGAUCAAUACAGGCGGAAGAUCGCCUGGGAUCUGGUGGGCUUGCGUCUGUGCUCGGAGAAAGCACAGCACGCAGCUAACCCCGCGCGCAGAAUCGCACUUUUCUUUUUUUGGAGUAUUGCAAUAGCUGGAAUUGUGUUCACUCACCCCAGAAAGAUACCUCGGAUGGACUGGAGUCGGUCAAUUUCCCUCGCUCUGACUUUACCACAGGAGAUCGAGCAUCGAGAUGACACGCAGUACCUCACGACUAACGUGACGGCCACGACGGUUGGGGGGCACAAGCAGCGUGAAGCACUGUCUACACCAACCAUCCGUGAUCCCGUCACAGAAAAGUCUGCCCGCCUGCAGCGGAGUGCGCCAUCCAGAGGUAGUGCAAUACCGGAGGCACCAUAG